AUGCUCCUCAGGACCCCAGAACAGACUUCCAUGCUACUGUGGGCAUCCUUGCUGGUCCUCGCACCUCCAGUCAGUGGACCACUUGCUACUGUACCCAAAUCCAUGAUUUCCCUCCAGCCUCCGUGGACCACUGUCUUCCGUGGAGAGAGAGUGAAUCUGACUUGCAAUGGAUUUCACUUCUAUGCACCAGAGAAAAUAAAAUGGUACCGUUGGUACUCUGGAAGACAACGUCCAAGUGAAACCCAAGGAAACACCCUCGAGGUUCGUGAUUCUGGACAGUACAUUUGCCAGGCCCCAGGCUCACUCCCGAGUAACCCUGUGCGCUUGCUUUUUUCUACAGCCUCCUUCAUCCUCCAGGCCCCACAUUCUGUGUUUGAAGGUGACGAGUUGAUUCUGAGAUGCCGGAAAAGGGGGAGAGAGAAACUGACUGCUGUGAGGUACUUUUGGAAUAGAAAACUUAUUUCUGAUUCUAAUAAAAGCUUGGAUCUUCUGAUAUCACAAGCAAGUUUAAACAACAGUGGCUGUUACCAAUGCACUGGAUCCUUGGGAAACAAUCGUGUAUUAAGAACAAGUCUCACAAAUAUUCGAAUUCAAGAGCUAUUUCCACGUCCAAAGCUGAAAGUCACAGACUUCCAGCCUACAGAGGGGAAUCCUGUAAACCUGAGCUGUAAAACACAGCUUCCUCUGGAGCGGUCGGACACUCGGCUUCGCUUUGUCUUCUUCAGAGACCAUGGGGUCAUCCUCUCAAACUGGAGUGCGUCCCCAGAACUCCAGGUCACAGCCGUCUGGAGAGAAGACUCAGGAUCAUACUGGUGUGGGGCCAUGACCAGCGGCAUCCACAAACGCAGCCUUCCACUUCAGAUUGACGUGCAGAGAAUCCCUGUGUCUGGAGUGUUCCUGGAGACCCAGCCCCAGGGGGACCCGGUGGUUGAAGGGGAGAUACUUGUCCUUGUCUGCUCUGUGGCUGAGGGCACGGGGAACACCACGUUCUCCUGGCACAGAGAGGACACAAGGGAGAGUCUGGGGCAGAAAAGUCAGCGCUCCCAGAGAGCAGAGCUGGAGAUCCCUGUUACCAGGGAGAGCCACGCAGGGGGCUACUACUGCACAGCUGACAAUGGCUACGGCCUCAUCCAGAGCGAGGCGGUGAACGUCUCUGUGAGAAGCACCCCAGGGAAAAGAAGAGGCCUUGUUGCUGCAGGAACCACUGGGGGGAUAUUCAGCGUUCUCCUGGCUGUGGCCCUGCUGUUUUACUGCUGGCACCAGAGGAGACUAGGAGAUGGUUCUCUGGGAGACACAACCAGGAGACCCCUGACCCUAGGCCCAGGAGUGUCCUUCCAUCCCAUGUGCCCUGCCCCAGUGGAGCUGCAGCAGUUGCAUGGCAAUGUGCACCCCAAAGAAAGAGACCUGGUAUAUUCUCAGAUCCAGAUUAUUCAGCCUGGGGAAGAAGGAGAAGGAAAUACCUUCAGAACAUCUCUAGAGGACCAGCAUGCCUCAAUUGUCUACUCUGAGGUGAAGACACAGCUCUGA